AUGGCGAUCCUCGCUGAUUGCUUACUCCCCGUGACUGACCUGCGGCGUCCCGGCUAUUCGGUUCGCUUGUGGUGGCUUAUGCGAAGAAACCGAGAUGAAGGAAAAGAGGCUCUUACGGUCAUUACGGCCAUUUCGGCCAUUGGAUCAUUCCCACGUGUUUGGGAUACCUUCAGACGAGAAUGGCGUAUGUCCAAAAACGAGCAAUCACUCUGGAGAGCAACAAUGGGUGCGGGUCAUACGCCAUGCGGGUACGAACCGGGUUUGCUUUAUUCAUGGAUAUCCCCUUCGGACUACGUUAUGGGACAGCCUAGGCUCGGAGGUGCAAGCCGUCCAAACACGUGUUUGUCCCAAGUAGAUGGAGAAGCAUGA